CUACCCUCUUCCUUUAAUACACUAUUCCAGUUCAGAGGUCAAAGAGAGGACAAGAUGGCCGCCUCCUGUAGUGUUUUUCGAUUCGUGUCCACUUUUCGCCUUCCUGUGGUCUAUCACGCCUUCAGAACAUGUUCAUCGAGUAGCAGAGCAUCAAAGACAAUCACAGAACCAAGUGGUGAAGACAUGGACCAGACUAAACUUUCCCGUGACGUCAGACGGUUACUGAGGUCCGUACCGUUUCCAGUUGUGGUGGUGACAACAGCCAAGUACACAUCCACUCCCUCAUCAGACGAUGGCUACCUGAGGGGAGUGACCUGUAGUUCGUUCACCAGUGUGUCGCUACAGCCUCCCAUUGUUUCUUUCUGUAUGAACAAGCCGAGCCGUAUGCACAGUUUACUGAUGGAAACCCAGCAUUGCGCUGUCCACAUACUGUCAAAGGACCAGAUUCACUAUAGUGUUCACUUUGCCACGCCAGUAGCAGAUGGACAAGACCAGUUCCAGUCCGUCUCUCAUACUCUAGGAUACAAGGGUGUACCCCUCAUCACAGGUGCAGCAGCCGUCCUACAGUGUCGAGCGCACCAAGUUCACGACAUCGGGGAUCAUCAUGUGUGGUAUGGAGAGGUCUUAGAGACCAGCACAGAGGAAACACUGAAAGAGCCUUUGCUGUACUUUGCCAGAUCCUACAGAUCAAUUGGUGACGAGGCCUUUAUGAAUGCAUUUGAAGAUGCCACUCUGCUGUUUGAAGAUUGGACACAUGAGGCUCAUCUAAGAAUGGCCUGGAACUAUAUAAGACUAUAUGGGAGAGAGAAUGCAGUCCCAAAGAUACAAAGGGGAAUAAAGAAAUUCAACGAGCAAAACAGAGACAAGGUAGAAAGAGGAUACCACGAAACAGUCACCCUGUUUUACAUCCAUGCAGUGUCAGAGGCCAUUCAAAAGACGGACUGUCCAGAUUUGACGUUUGAAGAGUUCCUGGCUCAGAACCCACAUCUCAUGGACCGACAGCUCCCUCUAUACUACUACUCACCAGACAGACUCAACUCCCAGGAUGCCAGAGUCAGAUUUGUGCCACCUGAUAGACAACAGUUGCCAUCAACAAGCGAGUAGUUAACGUGGGGCCUGAAUAUAAGGACUGUGAAGACUGUUGCAAAA